GUGGCCGCGUUGACAGCUGCGCGUUUCCCGCGCAAAAUAAAAAAGUUGGCGCGAACCAUAGACUCCUUUUGAAGUUUUUUUUCUAUAACUUUUUCAUUGUUUUCUUUAAAAAUGGAUCACGAUCACAGAAAUUUGGAGAAUACAUCCUCGACGGCGUUGAUGUUGCCAAAAGGGGAUGGGGAGGAAAAAGUUAUUAUAACACCUAAUGGUGUUGGGAAGAUAUUGAUAAGGGAGGACACUAUACUGGCUAACCUGCAGGGCUGUGCUGGUUGUGGCAAAGCAAGGUUUACUUGCUCAGGGGUAAAGAAUCAGUGGUCAGUGCUCUGUUGGGGGAGGCAGUCAGAUAAGAAAUAUUACACAUUACUCGUGCUUCUAUCAGCAACAUUCGUACUCAGUCUAAUAGGCACAGUGUUCUUCUGCUUCACGAACACAAUUAACGAUGCAAUACUCUCAAACAUGGUGAUCAGAAACAACUCGAUUGCGUACUCAAUAUGGAAGAGGCCGAACGUGCAGCCUCUCAUGAAGGUGCACGUAUUCAACUAUACCAACUGGCAGGACUAUAGGGAUGGAAAGGAUAACAAACUUCAUGUGGAUGACGUGGGACCUUAUACCUACUCGCAGCAGUUAGAGAGAGUGAACGUAGAGUUUGACGGCGACCACAUCACAUUUCAAGAGAAGAAUGACUUCAGAUUUCUUCCCAACAAGUCCGUGGGGGUGCAGUUUGAUCAAGUUAUUGUACCCAACAUGCCUCUAUUGGGUUUGGCAAAGGUUUUGGAGUACACAAACACCCUCGCUCGGCUGCCAGUGUUGUCAGUUAUACCAUUUGCCAAUCAUCCGGAUGCAUUUGUUCAGCUGCCCUUACAUAGGUUUCUAUGGGGCUACCAAGAUUCGAUCUUCGAUGCUGCCAAACCCCUGCUCAGCAUCCGCGGGGAACUUAAAGUCAAUAAUUUUGGACUGUUGGCUGUGAAAAACGACACCAUCUCGGACCGGCUCACCAUAAACACGGGAGAGAUAGAUAUGGACAAGAUGAAUGUCAUAGAGAAAGUGGAGGGGGAAAGCAAUCUCAAUAUAUGGGGCGGCCAGGAUUGCAAUAGCAUCGAAUCCACAGACGGAUCAAUUUUCCCGCCCUCACAGCUGGACAGAAAGAAGAAACUUCACGUGUUCUUUCCUAACUUGUGCAGAAGACUCCCGUUCGUGUAUGAGAAAGACGUGGAGAUAGACGGCAUCCCUCUACUCCGGUACCGUCUGCCUUCGAAUGUGUUCGACGACCCCGUCAACAACCCAGAGAACCAAUGUUACUGCGAAAUUGACUCCGCCACAUGUCCUCCUAGGGGAGUCAUCAAUGUAACUGCAUGUACUAUGGGAGCACCAGCACUCGCGUCCUUCCCCCACUUCCACUUGGGUGACCCGCGUCUCCGUGCCGUCAUAUCGGGCCUAAAACCAGACCCGGAGAAACACCAGAACUAUCUCGAUAUCCAUCCAACGUUGGGCAUCGCACUAAGAGGGAGAUCUAGUCUCCAAAUCAAUAUGCAAGUGAUGAAAUCAAGUAUGGCGUCACUAGGAUUUCUGAACCAAGGACUGAUUCUACCAAUAGCUUGGCUCGAAAUGGCAGUAGAAGAUCUCCCAGAAAGUCUACGCACAUUGAUAUACCACGGUACGUUCUCAACUGCGGCCGUCCAACUCGGACUCGCCGUUACAAGCAUAGCCGCCCUCUUCGUAUCAGGAAUAUGUCUAUUCGUAUUGUUAAUCGGAAGAAGGCAGAAACCAUGCGCCAUCGUAAAAGUGCCAAUUGAAACCGAACUGAAGAUCGAACAGGCGUCGUGAUCUCGUGCUAAAUGAAGAAAAAGAAAUAGUUUUCUCUGUGAAAAAUAAAACUUUUCGAAUAAAGAAUGUUGAGAUGUUUUUUGUCUGUGCGUUUUAGGAUAAAUAUUUGGUGUCUGCAUGAAGUCUGACCCAAAGAAUAAUAAACUGAUUGCUAUAACUACACUUCCGGACACAUUUAUCGACCCACCUAGCAUUAUGAAAUAUUUACGGGCCCUAGCCAGAAAUGCAUGUUACUUGAGCAAAAAGUUAUUAUCUACGCCGUUUAUCACCAUCUUUUCGUGUCUUAUUAAAAAUAU